AUGGUCAGACUGCAUGUGAUCGCCGCCUUUGCCGCUGCUGCAGUGGCUUUGGCUGCGUCGGACGUUGCCAGCGCCUCGCACGUCCGCAGACUCGACGUUGACGACAGCGAUGUGGACGUGGACGCCGACUUUGACGAUUCGGUCGACGACGACGACAGCGCUUCUUGGACUGGGAGUGCUUCCUACGAGGGGCAGGAGACGGAGGAGCUUGAGGUCCCGAAGUACGGGCAGUGCGGCGGCAUCGGCUACGAGGGCAGCGAAGUGUGUGCCCCAGGCUACGUCUGCGUGCAGUCCGACCCGUGGUUCGCUCAGUGCCUCCCGAGGGGAUCAGCAACGUCAGCUUCGACCAAGAAGCGCGGCCAUCUCUCCAAGCAACACACGGCCGACGACGACGCCGAGCUUCUGCUCGAUGAUAUUGCAGAUGAUGUUGAUGUGGUCCCAGCCUGGGAGCAAUGCGGCGGCAAAGGGUUCGACUUUGACUUCUCUAGGGACGACUCGCUGCCCGAUGAGGAGACGCCCAAGAAGGAGUGCGAGGAAGGCUACACGUGCGAGAUCGUCAACGAAUGGUACUACCAGUGCCAGCCACUGCCCGACCUGACAGGCCUCAAGUUGUGGGAUCAGUGCGGCGGUGUAGACUACCGAGGCUCGACCGAGUGCGCCAAUGGCGCCAUCUGCAAGUACUUCAACGCGUGGUACUCGCAGUGCGUCCCCAAGGAGCAAGAGUUCUCGUAG